UCUGAUCAAAAAGUCGCCGUCCCAUCGCAAGCCCUAAUGCUUCGAUUAACCCUAACCAACGUCGUCUCUCUUUCCCUAGCUAUCUGUUGAUGCGUAGCUUAUAUGCCCUAGUUUUCCACAUACAGCUCGACCUUUGGCCUAGGGUUUGAUUUUUCAAAAAAUGAGAGUUUUAGAGGCCCUUAUCCUGUAUCCUUAGAAUCUUAACCUCAUACCAUUUGGCGACCUUCACUGCAUUUGGUGCUGCGUCAACACUUUUUUAGAUCUGUGUUUGUAUUUUGACUUUGUGGACGCAGCGCAGAGUCGGACUUUUCAACUUAAUCAUUUUUCUCAGACUGGCAUAGAAUAAGUAAAAAGGGAAAACAAGAUGGGUGUAAAAGCUCGUCAAAGUCAAACUACUGCUACUGAUUCGCCCAAAGCAGAGGUAGGAGAGAUAGACACAAGGGCUCCUUUUGAGUCUGUGAAAGCUGCUGUUAGCUUAUUUGGUGAGACAUUAUUUUCCGCUGAUAAAGCAGCUACAAGGAAGCCGAAGCCUCAACAAGCAGAGAGAGCAUUAGCCAAUGAGACAGAACUUCACUUGGCCCAGAAGGAGCUAAAUAAGUACAAGGAACAGCUAAGGAAUGCUGAGACAACCAGGGUUCAAGCACUUGCCGAGCUAGAGAGAGCUAAGAAAACUGUUGAGGAGUUGACCGAUAAGCUUAAUGCAAUCAACAAGUCCAAAGAACUGGCAAUUAAAGCUACAGAAGCCGCUAAGAGCCAAACCAAGCAACUCGAAGAUGUUGGCUCUGAAGACAGUACCGGAAAGGAUGGUGCUUGGAAACAGGAGCUAGAUAAUGCUAGGGAGCAAUAUGCAGUCGCCAUUACAGAUCUUGAUGCAGCAAAGCAGGAGCUCAGAAAACUCAGGAAGGAUUUUGAACUAUCGUUGGAAGCCAAACUAUCGGCCAUCCAGCAAGAAGCCGAAGCUAAGCAGUUAACCGAAGCCAACAAGGAGAAGGUGACUCAACUCUCCAAAGAGAUUGCGGAGGUGCAUGAGUCUCUUAUGCAUGUGAAGUUUGCUACAGAGCAAGCCCAGCAAGAAGAUUCCAAGAUCCGUUCUGAGAAGGAUGCAGCCCGUAAAUCUUAUAAACAAGCAUUAGAGGAAAGUGAGAAGAAAUUGGCUUCCUUGAUGAAAGAUUUUGAUCCUGAUGUUCACAGGAACCUCGAAGCAGAGCUAGCCAAAACAACUGCUGAGAUUGCAGCUGUCCAGAAGGAAAUGGAAGAAGUUCAGGCUUCGGAUUUGGAGUCUGUUACCACUGUUACAACGGAGCUCGAUGGUGCCAAAGAGGUGCUGCAAAAAGUGGCAGAAGAAGAGAAUUCUCUCCGGAGUUUGGUUGAAUCACUGAAGGCAGAACUGGAAGCUGUAAAGAAAGAGCACGAUGAGCUAAAAGAGAAGGAUGCCGAAACUGAGAGUAUUGUAGGGAACCUUCACGUCAAGCUUCAGAAGUGCAAGGCUGAGCUCGAGGCAGCUGUUGCCGCAGAGUCCAAAGCAACCUCGGCAUCAGAUGACUUGAUAUCGGCCCUUCAUCAGCUAUCCUCUGAAUCGCAGAGCGCAUUACAGGAAGCUGAAGUGAUGAAGAAAAGUGCUGAAGAACUAAGAGUUGAAGCGGAGGAGGCACGGAUUUCGUUAGCUGAAGCAGAGAAGAAGCUGCAGGUAGCUCUACAGGACGCGGAAGAAGCGAAAGCAGCAGAGGCCAGGGCCCUUGAUCAGAUCAAGGAGCUUUCAGAAAGAGCUAAUGUAGCUCGAGCGUCAACUUCUGAGCAUGGGGCUAAGAUUACAAUCUCAAAAGAGGAGUUUGAAUCUUUGAGCAGAAAAGUGGAGGAAUCUGAGAAGCUGACUGAGAUGAAGGUUGCAGCUGCAAUGGCCCAGGUGGAAGCCGUUAAAGCGAGCGAGAAUGAAGCGAUUAAGAGGCUCGAGGCAGCUCGGAAGGAGAUGGAGGACAUGGAGAUAGCAACAGAGGAGGCUCUGAAGAGGGCAGAGAUGGCUGAGGCAGCAAAGAGGGCUGUGGAGCUAGAAUUGCGGAGACAGCGGGAAAGGGAGCAGAAAAGGACCGCAGUAACUGCUGCGCAUAUACUCGAGUCGGCACAGCCAGUACCUGCAGAGGUGGCAUCUCCACCUAGACCAGUGAGGGCUAAUCCAAGUGAUAAGAGCGAAGGACACCAGAAGACCACCGGUAAGGCAGCCUUGAAGAAGGCACUUCUGCCUAACCUCAGCGGGAUUUUCCAUAGGAAGAAGAGCCAGGUUGAUGGCAGCUCGCCAUCUUACCUACCAGGCGAGAGACCUGCUGUAUGAUAUCUAUUUUUGAGUAGCCGUAUAUGGGUUUUUAAUAUGUGUUUUAAGCUUUUAUAUUUUCCUCGACUGCUUUGGUUUGUGUAUAGUUAUUUCUCCAGUUGUUUCAGUUGCUAUAUGCUGCUAUGCUGGAUUUGGAGUCCAGGUGCUGUAGAGAUGAAUGCUUUUAACUUUGGCUGUGUUUAGCUUUUGAAAUGACCAUGUUUGUACGUUGGAUCUCUGGAAGAACUAUUUGGUUUGCUGCUGAUUAUCAUUCACUGCUUCAUGUUUCUCCA